AUGGGCGAACCAACUGGACUAAUCGCCAAGUCCGGCAUCGAGCUGCUGACCUUCGGCACGCCGAACGGCUACAAGGCCAGCAUCCUGCUCGAGGAGCUCAAGGAAGCGUAUGGGACGGAGUACACAUGGCAGGCGAUCAACAUCAUGAAGAAUACGCAGAAGGAGCCCUGGUACACAGCCAUCUGUCCAAACGGCCGUAUUCCGGCCAUCGUCGACCAUGACCGCGGCGACUUCGCCGUCUUCGAGGGCCUCGCCAUCCUCAGCUACCUGACCAAGCACUACGACCCGGACCACAAGCUGAGCUUCCCCUACGAGUCGGACGACCACAGCGUCGCAGAGCAAUGGAUGGCCUGGCAGCACGGCGGCCUAGGGCCAAUGCAAGGCCAGGCCAACCACUUCUACCGCUUCGCCAAGGACCGCAUCCCGUACGCAACGCAGCGCUACGUCGGCGAGACGGAGCGCCUCUACGGCGUCCUGGACGCGCGCCUCGCCGAGCGCGACUUCCUCGCGGGGCCUGGCCGCGGCACCUUCAGCGUCGCCGACAUCUCGGUGCUGGGCUGGGCCAACAUCGCCUACUUCUCCGGCAUCACCGCGCUGGCCGCGCAGUUCCCCCACGUCGCCGCCUGGUUCGAGCGCUGCACGGCGCGGCCGGCCGUGCGGCGGGGCUUCGCGAUCCCGAGCCCCUCGAGGCUGUCCAACGAGACGUUCGAGAAGCGGCUGGCGGGCGGCGAGGAGGGCCUGCAGGAGCAGGAGGACAAGCUGAAGGCGUUCUUGGAGGAGUCGAAGAAGCAGUAUAACUACAAGUAUGCGUCUCCAUAG